AGUCGACAGCUAUUUUCUUAUCUUUUAAAAUUUUUUUUUCAAUUGAAUAAUUAUUUAAAUUAUUAUUAUUUUGAAACAAUAUCCACAAAAUGUCAUCAGGAAAUCAAAAUCAAACUACUGAAUAUAGAUCUCGGUCUCCAAUACGGUAUGUUUUUGAUGUGUUAAGCACUGGAACUGUUUCAAGCACAGUACCCGGAGUACGGGGUAGACCAGUGUACUUGGCUGAUAAUGGUUUUACUUACGUACAAAAUAAAAGUUCUACCAAUAGUAGGCAAUUAAGAUGUACUCGCUAUGAGUCUGGCUGUCGGGGCACUGCAUCCAUGGCGUUAGUGCCAGAAAAUGCACCAAUUAGAUCCCUCCACGAACAUAACCAUUUACCAAAUAACGAUGUGGAGAUUGGUUCAUAUAACACUGAACUUAGAAACCUUGCAUCAACUGAAUCUACACAAACCAGGAUUAUAUUAGAAGAUAUUUCCAGCAAGUAAUAAGACUAAAAAAAAUGUAUUCAAUAAUUACUGCAUUGAAAUUAGAAAUACUUUUUUUUUAGCUUCGAUGCGAAGCUGAGAAGGUAUUAAUUUUACCAUGAUGUGUUUAUUUUAGCUUCGAUGCGAAGCUGAGAAGGUAUUAAUUUUACCAUGAUGUGUUUAUUUUAGCUUCGAUGCGAAGCUGAGAAGGUAUUAAUUUUACCAUGAUGUGUUUAUUUUU